AUGUGGCAAUCAUUCUUUGAAUCUUGCAUGUCGAUGACUCAGACUGAACAAAUUUCUACUGAAUAUAAAAAACAUACAUUAAAUUGUCAUCCUUACAAAGUUAAUGACAAAGAUGAAAAGGCAAAAAAGGAGUUUUAUCAAUUAUCAACAGCUUAUAAUAUCCUUACUGACGAAACCGAGCGUUCUCAAUAUGACAAGUGGCAUACAAGAUCAAUUAAGAUUCCUUAUAUAAGAUGUGGAAAGAAAUGGUUAUGA